AAUAAAACAGAGAAACAUGAUCAUGAUGGUUAGAACAGAACUUGAAUAAAAAAUCGAACCUGAAAAUUGUUCUCUUUUUAUAUGUUAACCAAAUGUUCAAACGAUUUUUGAUAAUUUGGAAAUAAUUUAGAAAAGAAAAGCUUGUUUUUAUUUUCUAUUCCAAUUGAAUUCUAAUAAUCAAACAAUAUGCAGUUAAUUAGUUGAGUUCUUUUAACCAUCUUCUCAGAAAUUUGUUCAAUAAUAAGUAUUUUUAUUUCUAAAUUUUGUCAUUUUUAAUUGUAACAACUCAACCUUUCUCCUAAUGUCAAUUAAACUUGCGACAACAAUCAAAUUUACUUUUUAUAUACAUUUUGUGUCAAAAAGAAAACAGCAAAUCAACUAAAUCAAUUAAAUUGUACUUUUUGUGUUGUUCACAUUAAUAGAUAUAAAUUUAACAUCGUUAUAAUUGUUAUUGUGUUUAUAUGUAAAAAUUGUUUCUACAUUGAAUAUAAAUUAUCAGCUAAUUGUUAACCCAAAAUGAAUCUGAAUCUGUGUAAAUCAAGAGGUGGAAUUAGUGCUCGAACUAAAUCGCUACGUGAAAAAUUUAGUUCCAAACGGAGUUACUCUGAAUUAACUUUCAAAGAUUCGACCACUUCACUGACCGAAACAACUGAUUUAUCAUCACCAGGAUCAUCAUUUAAAUCACGAAAUAAACCACAGACAUUAAAUUUAUCGAGCGUUGAUUCAAUUCGAGGGGCUCUUCCAAAGAAUGAGGCAAAUGCUUAUAAUCUACUUCCAGAGGAAGCUUAUUGCUCAGCAUUGGACAUUAAUUGCUCUGAUUCUGAGCCUCGUUUCCCAUGGCAAAGAGAUGUUGCCAUUCAGUGUAAUUAUGGUGAUCCAGUGAUUAAAAAAUAUUCUAACAAUUUAUCUCGAUCAAAUGAAACUUCAUCUUCCUCUGGAGGAUUAAAGAAACGUCCACCUCAUUCAUUAACACCAACUGGACCAUUAAUGGGAGGCACAAGUGGACCAUUGGGACUUGUUGGUAAUAAUAAUAAUUCUAGUUUAGGUGGAGGCUCAGUUUCACCUUCAUCUGUAUCUUCAGGUGAUCAAGUUCAAAAGAAACACUCAGGACUAUCAACUUUAACCUCUAACCUUAGAUUUUGGAAAAGUUCAUCACCAUUAAGUUCAACCGGUGAGAUUGAAAAGAAACCUUCAACUCGUAAAAGAUUAACACGAUCAGCACUUCACCGAGCGGCUUCAUUUGAUUCCAAAGGAUAUUCAAGGUUAAUCCAACAAGCGUCCAUAGAUUCACCCACCACCGGAGCCAUUCCCACCACCUCGGGUCAUCUAGAUGUGCCCAGUGUUACACCAGGUAUACCAUCACCUACAUCACCCACCGCGACAAGUUUCAAGGAGGAUAAAAAUAAUAAUAACAUUUUAAGUCCAAGUUCACUUCAUCUUGAUUCAAAUAAAAUAACGGAAGGAGUUGAACCGGAAGAGGGUGAAGAUCCUGAUCAAGAUGAAGGCGAAGAGGGCGAGGAGGAUGAUGGAGAUGAUGUUUAUGUUUAUGAUCAUAAUAGACUUAAAAAUGAGAUAAGAUUUACUUUCUCAGCACCAGGAGCACCAUAUCACACCGGAUCAACAUCAGCACCACAGUCAAGAUCAUCAUCACCACCCAAUGUAAAUGAAAUUGAAAUAUCUAAACCCAAAAGAGGUGGACUUCAUGUUACAGGUAAAGAUGUUUACAUGAGUUUACCUUCACCCAAUGUUCAUACUGAGGGUCAAGAGUGUAACCCAGUUUUUAAAAAGUUUGCUGGACUUGGUGGUCAUGGGGAAGAAAGUGAACCGGAAGAGCCUUUACAAGAAGAACCACCCGCUUCCGUUUUACAUCGAAGACGAGCUUUAGUACCACCAAAGUUAAUCACCGAUGGAUAUGAAAGUGCAACUGAUGAAACGGAGGCCACAAGGGAAUCCUCAUCAUCACCAAUUUCUAGCAAAUUACUGAAUGAGCCAAACUCGUCCAAGACCAGACGACGAAGCUCAAUUGUUGUUAUACCACCAAUGCAGAUAUGUCCAGGGGAUUUAUUAGUUUAUAGUAAAGUUUUAACUCAUCGUAAUGAGUUUCUAGAUAAUUUUGAUGGAUCAACUCAAUGUUUAGCUGUUACCGAAGAUGCCUCUCGAAAAGGUAAAAAUACCUGGUCCCUGUUGAAACUUUUUGACAGGUCAAAUCGAACCAAAUCGGAUUCAUUGUGUGGUCUCGAAGAGGUUUUAUCAACACUCACUCCGUCCGUUUUCAUUGAUGAGCAACUUUCCAAGUACAAGGGUAUGUCUUGGUGUGAAUUCGAGGCUCAAUUUGAAGAACGUCGUGCUUCCUCAAUAAUCUCAGGUCAUCGUCUUUCUCAACUUCAAUCGGAUAGUCGACGUUCAUCAGGUCAAUCCUCUUUAACCGGUCAAAGUAAUGCCAAUCUAUCGAUGAGUUUACGUCACUCACCCAAUCGAUCACCUCGACGUCCUGGACUUUUACGAACUCAAACCUUUGAUUCAGCCCAAACCAAUACAACAGAUGAUUCUCUAUUAGAGGUUAAUGCUCAUUCCAUUAGGUCAAACAGUUGUAUUGCACCGGUCACAAGUUCAAUUCGUCGUUUAAGUGGAGGCCUUAAUCUAAGGGAAGAGUCGCUGGAUGAAGGUCAAUGUGAAGAUUUACCUUCACCAACCUCGAAUACAACAACACCAGGAGCAGGAAACAUCGGCGGAGUGGUAACAGGAGACGGAGGAGGUACAGGGAUGACACUUAACCUUGGACCGGGUAUUGGUGUUGGAAUAGCGGGUAAUGUGGGUGAAAAAAGUGCCACCAGUGAAUUUGGUAGAACCGGUGGUUGUUUGAUUGGAGGAAGUGUUCAAACAAAUUCAAUUGAAACAAGUGAACUUGGAUCACCAAUCAAUAGCUCAUCAAGUCCAACCUCUUCCAGGUCAAGUUUUGCUAUAACAAGGUCAGAGUUUAAACGUCGAGAGGCUCUUUGGGACCUUUUUCAAAGUGAAUGUGUUUUCCUUUACUGUCACCUAAUGGUAUUGAAAAAUGUUUUCAUGGAACCACUGAAAAAGAUUCAGGUUGAAGGUUUUGCCAUGUUUGCUGAGCCUGAGGUACUUUUUGGUAACCUCGAUGAACUUUGCUGUGUCACCUAUGCUUUUUGUAAGGAAUUUUUAUCCCUAAUCCUUCAGCAAAUGAAUUCAACUGAUCUCAAUCCCGCUGAGGUUUUGGUUAAAAUAUUUCAAAAGAGUUCAAAAGCUACUGCACUUACACAAGCAUAUCACCGAUACACACUUAAUUAUAUUAAUGCUCUUAAUUAUUUGGAAACACUUCGACGUCAGGUUGAAUUUAAUGAAUUUGAAAAGUGGUGUGCCCGUGAUCCUCGAUGUAAAAAGUUACAAUUAACUGAUCUCCUUGUUUCGCCUGUUCAACAUAUCAUGAGAGUACCAUUAAUAUUGAAAGAUAUCGAAAUGAGAACGGAAGAUUCAACUGAACGAGAAUUAAUUGGUCAGAUAAUAGAAGCUGAAGAGGCUUCACUCCGAGAAUUAGAUGAUAAAAUGAAAUGGUUGAAAAACUUCGAGCGUCUACUUGAAAUUCAACGUAACAUUGUCUGGCCUUCGGUAUUUGAUCUUGACCCUAAAGUUUUCAUUCCCGAGUGUCUUAAAGCACCUCUUUCCAAGCAACCCUGUGAAAGGUUAAUUGUUAGUCCAAGACGUCAAAUAAUCAUCGAAGGUCCAUUGAACAUAUUGGACACUGGAAAACCGGUCGAAAUGUAUGUUAUCCUCUUUGACGAUAUGCUGAUUAUCACAAGACGAAAGAAAGGUCUCCAUAAAAAGCAAUCGUCAUUAACUGAGAAAUGGGCAUCAACCUGUAGUCGUGGAGCAAAUUCCGUACCUCAUGAAAGUCCAUUUAAAUACGUCGUCUACAAGCAACCAUUGUCAUUAGAUCGUUUUUAUAUUCACGAUAUUUCAGCGGCUGAAGGUGCAGCUAACAAUUUGAAAUACGUUUUCGUACUUGUUUGUCUAAAUAGAUUUCAACAAAUAGUCACAAUUCAUACUUUUCAAGCUCCAAAUGAAACAACCAAGAUUAAUUGGCUUACCAAAUUAAAAGAUACUGCUGAUCGUUGGAAACGAACCUUACAAAAUACAGUCUUCCGAAGUCAACAACGUUUAAGUUCAGCGAGUGUAUCGACAACAUCGAGUUGUAGAGAUGCGACAAUCAAUUCAAGAUGAAUCGACUCGAAAAUCAUCAACAAUUAGCUAAUCACCGAAUCUGUUGUCCUUAAAAUCAAAUCAAUAAUUGUUUUCAUUUUCACAUCACAUUUUCCCAAUUCAAUAUCCCAUUAAUAUCUCACAGUUACAUAGACAUUUUUUUAUCAUUUCGCUUCUUGCUGAAUACAAUUAGUUAAUUAUUUUGAGCCAGAAAUCAUGAGACAGCAAUUAACUGGAACAAAAUUGUUCACAAAUCAACUAAUCAGGUUAACAAUAACAUAAAUACAAAAGUUAAGAUAAUCAAUCAGAUGAAACAGAAUCUCAGUAAGAAAAAAAAACACUGAACCGUUAAAACUAAUUAGUUAAUUAUCAAGUUCAAUAUUUAGUUGAGCUAAUUGAUUAAACGAUUAAAUCUAUUCCCAUUGAUUAGUAAUUAGAUUCAUCAAGAACUCACCAAGAAAAUUUGAAAACUCAUUUAACUAAUAAUAGAGAGGGAAAGUAAUUAAUACAUUGAGCCAGCAAUUAAAAACUUUAACCAGAAUCUUAAGAUAAUCAAUAAUUUUCUUAUCGAAAUUUAAAUCAAUCAAAAUCAAUUAUCAAUUAGAUGGACUAAAUGUUGAAUAUCAAUCAAUUUAAAUUAAUCAUUAAUUUAACUUUUUAUUGUAAAUUGAAACAAACCUUUUAUCAUGUGUAAUUUAUGUAAAAACAAAAACUCAAAUCUCUUAAUUAUUAAUCAUCUUAAAUUUAUAACAAUCAAAUCAACUCUCAACUUAAUAAGA